UCAACCGCUCAUACACCGGCCCGACCCAUCACAACCAUGCUAGGGCUUGUUGAGUGUCAGUGUCGUACAGAUGAGACACCAACUGAAUGAUGGACUAAUCCUCGACAUUUUGUUUUUCCCAACACUAUUAAAUCGUUUUGAGGAAAUACUAAACUGGAAUUCUGAGACUGUUACGGUUAUUGGGGAUAUUACAGAAGUAGCUAGCCGAGAGCUACUUUGGCUUUGACCACUGCGGCCAGGUGGAGUUUCAUUAUGCAGCAGUACUGAGGAUGCUGAUUGUCUUAGCUUUGCUCAUGAUGGCUGCGACCGGUGAAGCUGAGGUCUGCACAGGCUCUGACAACUGCUCCAGCUCCAAUGGCUCCAAGGACUUUUGCUAUUCGGCCCGGAUCCGCAGCACCGUGCUCCAGGGCCUGCCCUUCGGAGGAGUGCCCACCGUACUCGCCCUUGACUUCAUGUGCUUCUUGGUGCUGCUAUGUGUGUUCUCUGUCUUGAGGAAGGUGGCGUUUGAUUAUGGCCGUCUUGCAUUGGUCUCUGAUGCUGACAGCGUGCACUUUCUGGCUAGGGUCUUAGCACCCUAUAGGUCCCACAGGGAAGAGGCUUACAGGGAGAGUGUGGCCUCCGCCAUGCAGACGCCUGCUGACUCCCGAUACGAGCGUCUCACCUCUGUGUCCAGCUCAGUCGACUUUGAGCAAAGGGACAAUGGCUUCUGUGCCUGGCUAACCGCCAUCUUCAGGAUAAAAGAUGAUGAGAUCAGGGAGAAGUGUGGUGAGGAUUCCGUGCACUACCUCUCAUUCCAGCGGCACAUCAUUGGUCUGUUGGUAGUGGUGGGCGUGCUCUCCGUGGGCAUCGUCCUGCCCGUCAACUUCUCAGGAGACCUAUUAGAAAAUAAUGCCUACAGUUUUGGGCGAACUACAAUAGCCAACUUAAAAUCUGGUAAUAACCUGCUAUGGCUGCACACUACAUUUGCCUUCUUAUAUCUGUUACUGACUGUGUACAGCAUGAGGAGACACACAUCAAAGAUGCACUACAAAGAGGACGACUUGGUGAAACGCACUUUAUUCAUUAACGGGAUCGCAAAAUAUGCAGAAGAGAGUCAAAUAAAGCAGCAUUUCGAGAAAGCAUAUGAAAACUGUGUGGUUCUGGAUGCUCGCAUUUGUUACGACGUUGCCAAGCUUAUGUCCCUGGAGUCUGAAAGGAAAAAGGCAGAACGCAGCAAAAAGUUCUACACAGACCUGAUGGCCAAGGAGCACAUCCCCACUAUGAUUAACCCCAAACCCUGCGGCCACCUCUGCUGCUGCAUCAUCGCGGGCUGCGAGCAGGAAGAGGCUGUGAACUACUACACUAAGCUGGAGGCCAAACUGAAGGAAGAAUACAGAAAAGAACGAGAAAAAGUCAACACUAAACCUCUGGGAAUGGCUUUUGUUACCUUCCAGAAUGAAGCCAUGACAUCCCUCAUCCUGAAAGAUUUUAACGCAUGUCAGUGUCACGGCUGUCACUGUCGACGAGAGCCAAAGUCCUCCCCCUUCAGCAGCCUUCUCAACACGUACAACUGGACAGUCACAUAUGCUCCAGAUCCACAGAACGUUUACUGGGAGCAUUUGUCCACUGGUGGCCUCAACUGGUGGCUCCGCUGCUUUAUCAUCAACUGCUUUCUCUUCAUCUUGCUCUUCUUCCUCACCACCCCUGCCAUCAUCAUCUCCACCAUGGACAAGUUCAACGUCACCAAACCCGUGGAGUACCUGAACAACCCUAUCAUCACUCAGUUCUUCCCCACCCUGCUGUUGUGGUGCUUCUCGGCCCUUCUCCCCACCAUCGUCUACUACUCCGCCUUCUUUGAGGCCCACUGGACACGAUCUGGAGAGAACAGAACCACCAUGCACAAAUGCUACACGUUCCUCAUCUUCAUGGUUCUGCUGCUGCCAUCUCUAGGACUGAGCAGUUUGGAUGUUUUCUUCCGCUGGCUCUUUGACAAGAAAUUCCUCGACGAGGCAAAAGUCCGAUUCGAGUGUGUCUUCCUUCCAGAUAAUGGAGCUUUCUUUGUGAACUAUGUCAUUGCGUCUGCCUUCAUUGGUAAUGCCAUGGACCUGUUACGCAUUCCUUAUUUCCUUAUGUACAUGAUCCGGCUGUGUCUGGCACGUUCAGCUGCCGAGAGGCGCAACGUGAAGAAGCAUCAAGCUUAUGAGUUCCAGUUUGGAGCUGCUUACGCCUGGAUGAUGAACGUCUUUACUGUGGUCAUGACCUACAGCAUCACCUGUCCAAUUAUUGUACCAUUUGGACUGAUGUACAUGCUACUGAAGCACCUGGUGGACAGGUAUAACAUGUAUUAUGCCUACCUGCCCUCCAAACUGGAUAAGAAAAUCCACUCUGGAGCUGUCAACCAGGUAGUGGCAGCACCCAUCCUCUGCCUUUUCUGGCUGCUCUUCUUCUCUACUGUCCGUACAGGUUUUGUUGCUCCGACAUCAAUGUUUACCUUUGUGGUUCUGAUCAUCACCAUCAUCAUUUGCCUCUCCCAUGUCGUCUUCGGUCAUUUCAGAUACCUCAGUGCGCACAAUUACAAGAUCGACAUGGACGGUGUGGACAAUGGACGACCACCAGAUUCAUCUCAACCUGUUAAGUCUGUGCAGACGUAUGUCGCCCAAGUGCUACAGGACCCAAACACAGACGAGACGGGAAGUGGCGAGGACGAGGGGCAGGGGUCAUCGCAGGAUGAGGAGGGGGUGAACGAGGGUGAUUUCCAAUCAGGAGAGGACAGCCUUAUUGAGAACGAGGUGCACCAGUGACCCAGGCAGGGUCACGCUAUGUGCUGAACUUGGCAGGACUUUAACAUGAUCAAACGGAGAUCCACUACACCUCACUUCACUUACUGAGCGUGUGAAUCCAUCACAGCUGACAGCUAAAACACUCAUUUAUCAUUGAGGCUUGGAGACAGGAUGGCCAAUUGUCAAGAAUUUGGAGUGGCUUGUGAUUGUACUCCACCUAUUUGAAACGGAGUUUCACAGUUCUUCUUUACAUUGGUUACCCUGUUUGUACGGCAUAGUGUUGUCAAAAGUACCGACCGCGAUACCAGUCGAUACUGAAAUUUUAAAAACGACAAUUU